UCUCCACUUCUUUAUUCUCAGUGCUCAGACUCAGACUGCCGUGGUAGGAGGGAAAAAAAGCAGGAGCUCUUUAAUCCUAGAGAAGGAGCUUUGUAGCAGUUACCUUCAAGAAAAGUUUACUCCCCAAAGGAGUAUUUAAUAUUACAUAGACACUGACUCACUGAACAGAGAGAGAGAGAAAGAGAGAGAGAGAGAGAGGUUGAGAGAGAGAUGAGAGAAUAUGAGAAUUCAAGCCAGCAAGAAAGAAAGAUACUUAACUGAAGAUGAAGGGAAGUUUUGCCUCUUCCUGGAAGUUAUAUUAUUAGGUUUUUUUUUGUUUUUUUUUUUUAAAUCAUGAUGACUGCUAGUUUUGUUUAAAGUAUUUGUUCUGGAAAUACUAAAGUUGGAGUCUACCAGACUGAGGUUAGAAGCAUUUUCUUUGGCAGCAAGAAGAUACUUUUAUAGAAGCCAUGCCUGUACUUGGGGUUGCCUCAAAACUGAGACAGCCAGCUGUUGGGUCAAAGCCUGCUCAUACUGCUCUUCUGAUACCAAAUCUUGGCACUACUGGGUCACAGCCCUGUUCUUCAAGACCUUUGGAACUUACUGAACCGGAGAGCUCAAUGCUUUCUUGUCAGCUCACAUUAAAAGCAACCUGUGAAUUUGGAGAGAAGAAACCCCUCCAAGAGAAAGCUAAGGAGACAGAAGACAGUAAGAUUUACACUGACUGGGCCAACCACUACCUAGCAAAAUCAGGCCAUAAGCGGCUGAUCAAGGAUUUGCAACAAGACAUUGCAGAUGGAGUGCUGCUAGCCGAAAUCAUCCAGAUCAUUGCAAAUGAAAAAGUUGAAGAUAUCAAUGGAUGUCCUAGGAGUCAAUCUCAGAUGAUUGAAAAUGUUGAUGUCUGCCUUAGUUUUCUAGCAGCCAGAGGAGUAAAUGUUCAAGGUCUAUCUGCUGAAGAAAUAAGAAAUGGAAACUUAAAAGCCAUUCUAGGGCUGUUUUUCAGUUUGUCUCGCUACAAGCAGCAACAACACCAUCAGCAACAAUAUUACCAGUCCUUGGUGGAGCUUCAGCAGCCAGUCAGCCACGCCUCCCCUCAGGCAGAAGCCAGUCAGGCCAAAAGCCAGCAAGAUAUGCAGUCCAGUCUGGCAGCCAGAUAUGCAACUCAAUCUAAUCACAGUGGAAUUGCAACCAGUCAAAAAAAGCCUACUAGGCUUCCAGGUCCCUCUAGGGUGCCAGCUGCAGGCAGCAGCAGUAAAGCCCAGGGAGCCUCUAAUUUAAAUAGGAGAAGUCAGAGCUUUAACAGCAUUGACAAAAACAAGCCUCCAAAUUAUGCAAAUGGAAAUGAAAAAGAUUCCUCCAAAGGACCUCAACCAUCUUCAGGUGUAAAUGGAAACACACAGCCCCCUGGCACUGCUGGGCAGCCGCCUGCCUCCGCCAUCCCUUCCCCAAGUGCCAGCAAACCCUGGCGCAGCAAGUCCAUGAAUGUCAAGCACAGCGCCACCUCCACCAUGCUGACCGUGAAGCAGCCAAGCCCAGCCACCUCUCCCACACCCUCUGCAGACAGACUGAAGCCGCCUGGGUCAGAAGGGGCCAAAACAGCUCCCUCGGGACAGAAAUCCAUGCUUGAAAAAUUCAAGCUGGUCAAUGCCCGGACUGCUUUACGGCCCCCACAGUCUCCCAGUUCAGGACCCAGUGAUGGCGGGAAGGAUGACGAUGCCUUUUCUGAAUCUGGUGAAAUGGAAGGUUUUAGCAGUGGUCUGAAUAGCGGUGGCUCAACCAACAGCAGCCCCAAAGUGUCACCUAAAUUAGCUCCUCCAAAAGCUGGAAGCAAAAACCUCAGCAAUAAAAAGUCUUUGCUACAGCCAAAGGAAAAAGAGGAAAAGAACAGGGACAAAAAUAAAGUUUGCACUGAAAAACCAGUCAAGGACGAGAAGGAUCAGGUGACAGAGACGGCUCCAAAAAAGACCUCUAAAAUCGCAAGCUUGAUCCCAAAGGGUAGCAAGACGACAGCAGCCAAGAAAGAAAGCUUAAUCCCCUCUUCCAGCGGCAUUCCCAAACCGGGCUCGAAGGUGCCAACAGCAAAGCAAACCAUUUCAUCUGGCAGUGCCGUGAGCAAAGAGUCAGAAAAAUUCAGGACUACCAAGGGAAGCCCUUCCCAGUCCUUACCUAAGCCCGUUACCACUGAAAAAGCAAGCACAUCCAAUUGCCCUGCUCCUUUGGAAGGAAGGGAAGCCGGCCAAGCUUCUCAUGCCGGUUCCUGUGCCGUGCUAGGGGCACAAGGCAGUGGGCAGACUGCGGGGAACGGUGCCGUCCACCUGCCUCAGCAGCAGCAACACAGCCACCCCAACACUGCCACGGUGGCUCCAUUCAUUUACAGAUCACAUUCAGAAAACGAAGGCACCUCUUUACCAUCUGCUGACUCCUGUACCAGUCCGACUAAGAUGGAUGUAUCAUAUAAUAAAACUGCUAAGCAGUGCCUAGAGGAGAUAUCUGGUGAAGAUCCUGAAACAAGAAGAAUGAGAACAGUUAAAAACAUAGCAGACUUGAGGCAAAAUUUAGAGGAGACUAUGUCCAGUCUUCGUGGGACCCAGAUAAGCCACAGCACCCUGGAGACAACAUUUGACAGCACUGUGACAACAGAAGUGAACGGAAGGACCAUACCCAACUUGACAAGCCGCCCCACUCCCAUGACCUGGAGGUUGGGUCAGGCGUGUCCUCGACUUCAGGCUGGGGAUGCCCCUUCCCUGGGGGCUGGCUACCCUCGCAGUGGUACCAGCCGACUUAUCCACACAGACCCCUCGAGAUUCAUGUACACAACGCCUCUCCGUCGAGCAGCUGUGUCUCGACUGGGAAACCUAUCACAGAUGGACAUGAGUGAGAAAGCAAGCAGUGACCUGGAUAUGUCUUCUGAAGUUGACGUUGGUGGAUACAUGAGUGACGGUGAUAUCCUUGGGAAAAGUCUCAGGGCUGAUGACAUCAACAGCGGGUACAUGACAGAUGGAGGGCUCAACCUAUAUACUAGAAGUCUGAACCGAAUACCUGACACAGCGACUUCCAGGGAUGUCAUCCAAAGAGGGGUUCACGAUGUGACAGUGGAUGCCGACAGCUGGGAUGACAGCAGCUCUGUGAGCAGUGGUCUCAGUGACACCCUCGAUAAUAUCAGCACAGAUGACUUGAAUACGACAUCCUCAGUCAGCUCUUACUCUAACAUCACUGUCCCUUCCAGGAAGAACAUGCAGCUGAAGACAGAUUCAGAGAAACGUUCUACAACAGAUGAGACAUGGGAUGCUACCGAGGAGCUGAAGAAAACAGAAGAGGACCUCGACAGCCAUGGGGAUAGUGGCGGCAAGUGGAAGGCUAUUUCCUCAGGACUUCCUGAAGACCCCGAGAAGACAGGGCAGAAGGCCUCCCUGUCCAUCUCCCAGACAGGUUCCUGGAGAAGAGGCAUGUCUGCCCAAGGGGGAGCGUCAUCUAGGCAGAAAGCUGGAACAAGUGCACUCAAGACCCCUGGGAAAACCGAUGAUGCCAAAGCUUCCGAGAAAGGCAAAAGUCCUCUAAAAGGAUCAUCUCUACAGAGGUCUCCUUCAGAUGCAGGAAAAAGCAGUGGAGACGAGGGGAAAAAGCCCCCGUCGGGCAUUGGAAGAUCUACUGCUCCCGGCUCUUUUGGAUUUAAGAAGUCAAGCGGGGUAGGCUCAUCUACUAUGAUCACGAGCAGUGGAGCCACAAUUACAAGCGGAUCGGCAACACUGGGUAAAAUUCCCAAGUCGGCUGCCAUCGGUGGGAAGUCCAGCGCCGGGAGGAAAACCAGUCUGGACGGCUCACAGAAUCAGGACGACGGCGUGCUGCACGUGAGCUCCAAGUCGUCCCUGCAGUACCGCAGCCUGCCCCGCCCUUCCAAGUCCAGCGCGAGCGGCAUCCCCGGCCGAGGCGGCCACAGGUCCAGCACCAGCAGUAUUGAUUCCAAUGUCAGCAGCAAGUCGGCUGGCGCCACCACCUCGAAGCUCAGAGAACCUACUAAGAUUGGGUCAGGGCGCUCGAGUCCCGUCACUGUCAACCAAACAGACAAGGAAAAGGAAAAAGUGGCCGUCUCAGAUUCAGAGAGCGUUUCUCUGUCAGGGUCCCCCAAAUCCAGCCCCACCUCUGCCAGCGCCUGCGGGACACAAGGGCUCAGGCAGCCGGGAUCCAAGUAUCCUGACAUUGCCUCACCUACGUUCCGAAGGUUGUUUGGUGCCAAGGCAGGUGGCAAAUCUGCCCCUGCACCUAAUACUGAGGGUGUGAAAUCCUCCUCAGUAAUGCCCAGUCCUAGUACCACUUUAGCGCGGCAAGGCAGUCUGGAGUCACCGUCGUCUGGUACGGGCAGCAUGGGCAGUGCUGGUGGGCUGAGUGGCAGCAGCAGCCCUCUCUUCAAUAAACCCUCAGACUUAACUACAGACGUUAUAAGCUUAAGUCACUCGUUGGCUUCCAGCCCGGCGUCGGUUCACUCUUUCACCUCGGGUGGUCUCGUGUGGGCUGCCAAUCUGAGCAGUUCCUCUGCCGGCAGCAAGGACACUCCGAGUUACCAGUCCAUGACUAGCCUCCAUACGAGCUCUGAGUCUAUUGACCUCCCCCUCAGCCAUCAUGGCUCCCUGUCCGGACUGACCACAGGCGCUCACGAGGUGCAAAACCUGCUCAUGAGAACGGGUAGUGUGAGAUCUACUCUCUCAGAAAGCAUGCAGCUUGACAGAAAUACACUACCCAAAAAGGGACUAAGAUAUACCCCAUCGUCUCGGCAGGCCAACCAAGAAGAGGGCAAAGAGUGGCUGCGUUCCCAUUCCACUGGAGGGCUGCAGGAUGCUGGCAACCAGUCACCUCUGCUCUCCCCUUCUGCCAUGUCAUCUUCUGCGACAGGAAAAUACCACUUUUCCAACUUGGUGAGCCCAACCAAUCUGUCUCAAUUUAACCUUCCUGGGCCCAGCAUGAUGCGCUCAAAUAGCAUCCCAGCCCAAGACUCUUCGUUCGAUCUCUACGAUGACUCCCAGCUUUGUGGGAGUGCCACAUCUCUGGAAGAAAGGCCACGUGCCAUCAGUCAUUCAGGCUCCUUCCGAGACAGCAUGGAAGAAGUUCACGGCUCUUCAUUAUCACUGGUCUCCAGCACUUCUUCUCUUUACUCAACAGCUGAAGAAAAAGCUCAUUCAGAGCAAAUCCAUAAACUGCGGCGAGAGCUGGUUGCAUCGCAAGAAAAAGUUGCUACCCUCACAUCUCAACUUUCAGCAAAUGCUCACCUCGUAGCAGCUUUUGAAAAGAGUUUAGGGAAUAUGACUGGUCGACUGCAAAGUCUAACUAUGACAGCGGAACAGAAGGAGUCUGAACUUAUAGAACUAAGAGAAACCAUUGAAAUGCUGAAGGCCCAGAACUCUGCUGCCCAGGCAGCUAUUCAGGGAGCACUGAAUGGUCCAGACCACCCUCCCAAAGAUCUCCGUAUCAGAAGACAACAUUCCUCUGAAAGUGUUUCUAGUAUCAACAGUGCCACAAGCCAUUCCAGCAUUGGUAGUGGUAAUGAUGCUGACUCCAAGAAAAAGAAAAAGAAAAACUGGGUGAACUCUAGAGGAAGUGAGCUGCGAAGCUCAUUCAAACAAGCCUUUGGGAAGAAAAAGUCCACCAAGCCUCCUUCCUCACAUUCGGACAUUGAAGAGCUUACAGACUCAUCCCUUCCAGCAUCCCCUAAAUUGCCCCAUAAUGCAGGUGACUGUGGGUCCGCGUCCAUGAAGCCCUCACAAUCCGCCUCAGCGUCACCCCUUGUCUGGCCACCAAAGAAACGGCAAAAUGGCCCUGUGAUCUACAAGCAUAGAUCCCGGAUCUGUGAAUGCACCGAGGCUGAGGCAGAGAUAAUUCUGCAGCUGAAGAGCGAGCUCAGAGAAAAGGAAUUAAAAUUAACAGAUAUCCGACUGGAGGCCCUCAGCUCUGCUCAUCACCUUGACCAGAUCCGGGAAGCCAUGAACCGGAUGCAGAAUGAAAUUGAAAUACUGAAGGCCGAAAAUGACCGCCUGAAGGCAGAAACUGGUCACGCAGCUAAGCCUGCUCGUCCACCGUCAGAGUCCUCAAGUAGUUCGUCCUCCUCAUCUUCACGCCAGUCACUAGGACUUUCUCUGAACAACCUGAAUAUCACAGAGUCUGUUACCUCAGAUAUUUUGCUCGACGAUGCUGGUGAUACAACUGGACACAAAGAUGGCCGCAGUGUGAAAAUUAUAGUCUCCAUAAGCAAGGGCUACGGCCGAGCAAAGGAUCAGAAGUCUCAGGCCUAUUUGAUAGGAUCCAUUGGUGUUAGUGGAAAAACCAAGUGGGAUGUCUUAGAUGGUGUAAUCAGACGUCUCUUUAAGGAAUAUGUGUUCCGAAUUGAUACAUCCACUAGCCUUGGUCUGAGCUCGGACUGCAUUGCUAGCUACUGUAUAGGAGAUUUAAUUAGAUCCCAUAGCCUAGAAGUGCCUGAACUGCUGCCUUGUGGAUAUCUUGUUGGAGAUAAUAACGUCAUUACUGUGAACCUGAAAGGGGUAGAAGAAAACAGUUUGGACAGUUUUGUUUUUGAUACACUGAUUCCUAAACCAAUUACCCAAAGGUACUUUAACUUGUUGAUGGAGCAUCACAGAAUUAUACUCUCGGGACCUAGUGGUACUGGAAAGACCUAUUUAGCAAACAAACUUGCUGAAUAUGUAAUAACCAAAUCUGGAAGGAAAAAAACAGAGGAUGCAAUUGCCAUUUUUAAUGUGGACCACAAGUCAAGUAAGGAGUUGCAACAGUAUCUAGCUAACCUGGCUGAACAGUGCAGUGCUGAUAAUAAUGGUGUAGAACUCCCUGUUGUAAUAAUUCUUGAUAAUCUUCAUCAUGUGGGCUCUUUGAGUGAUAUCUUCAAUGGUUUUCUCAACUGUAAAUACAACAAAUGUCCAUAUAUUAUUGGAACAAUGAAUCAGGGAGUUUCUUCAUCACCAAAUCUAGAGUUGCAUCACAAUUUCAGGUGGGUGCUAUGCGCAAACCACACAGAACCAGUGAAAGGAUUUUUAGGCAGAUAUCUUCGAAGAAAACUGAUAGAGAUAGAAAUUGAAAGGAAUAUACGCAAUAACGACUUAGUCAAAAUUAUAGAUUGGAUUCCUAAGACAUGGCAUCAUCUCAACAGUUUUUUGGAAACACACAGUUCUUCUGAUGUUACCAUUGGUCCCCGACUUUUCCUUCCUUGCCCUAUGGAUGUAGAAGCUUCUAGAGUUUGGUUCAUGGAUCUCUGGAACUAUUCUUUGGUUCCUUACAUUCUGGAAGCAGUGAGAGAAGGUCUUCAGAUGUAUGGGAAACGGGCACCUUGGGAAGACCCCUCAAAGUGGGUGCUUGACACAUAUCCAUGGAGCUCAGCGUCUCUGCCUCAGGAUGGUCCAGCAUUACUUCAGUUGCGACCAGAAGAUGUUGGGUACGAAGGCUGCAUAGCCACUAAGGAAGCCACAACCUCAAAGCACAUUCCACAAAGUGACACGGAAGGGGAUCCUCUGAUGAAUAUGCUAAUGAAACUCCAAGAAGCAGCCAAUUACUCGGGCACACAAAGCUGUGACAGCGAUAGCACCAGCCACCAAGAAGACAUUUUAGACUCAUCUCUCGAAUCUACUCUCUAGAGGGUGAAAAAAGUUAGGGGAAGAGACUCAUGCUUUUUCGAAAUGUGUAAAAAGUAAAGUAUUUUCACUAAACCACUGCCAGUAUGAAAGCACCCUGUCAGGGGCCCUGACCCAGAGUUGUGGUCUCCAAGGAGGCAGCUGAACCGAGUCUGAACCGCCAAGAUGCUAAAUUGAGAUGGGAGCUUAACUUUAUUUUGUUUCUAGGCGUUUUUAUAUCCGUGGAGUGACAUACGGCUCCACUGCUCAACUGGAAAGGACCCUAAUGACAGGGCAACCGAAUAGAUUGCACACGGGAUAGCCAAACUGGACUUUAUUUUUCUCCUCUUUAAAAGUUUACAGUGCAGACCUUUUUUUGUCCCCUCCUUUCCGUUUCCUCUGACGGGCCGUCCUCCCCAGGCAGGGCCCCUUCUCCGUCCAGCCUCCUUUGUGCCACAUGGUGCUGGUCCCAGGGCUCCAGUAGUGUUUGUGUGGUGCGCUCACCCCAUUGCAAAAUGCAGCCGCGAGGCCAGCCCUCCAUCAGCACAAGGGAAUUGUGCUACCACCAGGAAAACACUACUUCGGCGAGCUGGAUACGUGCCAAUGUGAUUCCUAACUGCCACGUUCACACGAUGUGCUCUGCCCACUUUUCCGUGUAUGAGUCACAGGUUUUAUAAGGUUGUUUUUACCACAGUGGUCUUUGUAAACCACCUGCCCACUCCCUUAACAAGAGUUUUAUACCAAUUAAUAGUCGACACUGACAAAAGGCUUUUUUAGGGCUUCGUUCGUUUGAGCCUUUUCAGUGAAAGAAGGAACAUUUCCUAUGGUGCUGUCUCACUGCCUUAAAACAGAUUUCUACAACAGUUUAACAGCUGGUUUAAAUCCUAAAUCACUGGUAAUUUCCACUGUCUUUUCAUUUACAACCAAGCAAUGCCAGUUAAUACAAUAGCCUCAUCUCUAUAUAUCUUUUUUUUUUUUUUUUUUUUUGGAAGAAUUGGUUAGGAGAAAAAAAAAAUCAGUAUUUUUACCUGGGGUAUUUAGAUUGCCCUUCCUCCAAAAUGUUCAAGUAACCCGGAAACCCUCUCUGACCGUCACUUAAAAGCGAAGACAUGUGGCUGAACUCCAUCCAGUUAUAGGCAAGAGAGUUUUAGAAGGAGGGAGAUUUGGAGAUGCAACAUGAGCACAACUGUCUGGCUUUCCUCCCCGAUUCCUUUUCUUCUUAUUACUGUUACUCUUAGUUUUGAGCAUGUUGUUUCGAUUGCUAUUGUCGUACACGAGAAAUUCAGCAUUAAAGAACACUGAAGCAGUGUAGUCACUGUGGAAGAGGAAGCGUUUAUACUGUAAAAGAAGGUUAGAUUUGCACAGUCUACUGGGUAGGUAUUGUAAAUAAUCAUUUUAAAAACUCGCACAAAUCCAAACAGACACACACGAAAAUGUAUCUUAUCCCGUUGGUGUUAAGCGGUGUUUCGCUUGCUGAGAUUUCCUGUACAUUGCGAACAAAUACAGAAUGCAAACCCUCGAAGCUGUUAUUAUCCGGCGUGUUUGUCCUGUACUUACAGUUGUUAUGACUAUGCAGGAGCUAUCAGUGCUAGAGUGAGCAUGCUUCAAAACUGUUCAUGAAGCCAAUACGUAUUUGGAAAAGAAAAAUGUCCAAAAGUGCAUCUGUUGUGGCAGGCUUUAAAGAGAGUGCAUGAAAACUGAUGGGAAUCAUUGGAGAAGUUACCACCAUACACAGGACGGGUCUUUAAGUUUUUAGAACCGAAGGGCUAGGCCAUGGUGUAGACUUGUUCUAUGCACGUGAAAAUAUGUUGCUUUCAGGAGGUGCAAUUGGUGCUACUCUCUGUGACCACCCGUGGGUCAGUUGCUCUAGAACAAUAACAACACAAGACAUCUGUGCAGUUUUCAGAGUGUCUCUAAGUCUCUAGGUCCUACCCGGUGCUAUUGCCCUAAGGGAAAUCUGAACCGAAUUUAUGCACAUAGAAUUGUCACCCUGACUUUGAAGCCUCAAACAUGGAUCAAAGCUGUUUUGAAACAUCACUAUAUGUAGCUGGAUGAGUGACUAGUUGCCCUUGUAUAAUACGUGAUCUAAAACAAUUGCUAAUCUUUCCCUGCCAUUUCGAGAAACAUAGUCCAAACAUGAUCAUAAACAGAAAUCCCUGCAAUACAUCCCAGUAGGUUCACCUAGUUUACAACUUAAACUAGUUUGUGAAACAUUUGUCUGUAAACAUUUUAUAUUUUGUACAUUUUUGAUGUAACAUAUCAUGUAAAUAGGCAGAAACAGUGAAAUAAAUCAUCUGAAAAGUUUUGUAGUCUUUGUAAAGCCCCGACAAUAAGUACUUGGUGUCAAUGGACUUAACUGGAUGAUGUAUUUUCUAUUGGUUUAUUGUUCCUCUAGCUUGUAAACCAGCUUGCAUAUAUUUUUUUGCAAACGUGCACCCUGUAUCUGUCUAAAUUAUUACUUUGCCAUUAAAGUGGAAUUAUUUAUUGACAA